AUGGAAUAUCCACGAAAAAUUAAACUUCCCGAUGAGGCCAUGCAAAUUCAGCGUGUCGACAUUUAUUUGCAAGAUUUAAAAGAACGCCUGAAACAAUUGCGCCUGCAACAUAGCACAGUUAUUCGGAAAUCCGAGGAUAUUAUACAAGAAAUUGAUGAAGUCUCCUCCACACUGCAUUUGGUUGAAAAUUCUGCAACAAACCUUUGUGCCGAUCGCAUGACAAGAAUUAAGAAACUCAUAUUAGAAUUUGAAAAAGCCAAAGAUAAGGAAUAUGAUCAUACAACCGCAUCGCAAUCGCCACCACCUCCCGUGGAUAUAAAGAAAAUCUUGGAAAAUUUUGAAAAAUUAAAUGACAGUCAUUUGCUGAGAGAUAGUUUGCAAUUAUUUCGCAAGGCCAAGGAGUCAUUGGAUCAGAUUGAUAAUAUUUUAAGUACUCCAGCGAAGGAUGUGAAGAAUGCAGGGAGUAAUUAUGGAGGUGUUGGGGCUAUACGCCAUAAAAUCAAAAUGUUUAAUGUGAGUGAAAAGGCGCCAACAUCUGGAGUUCAAUUUCAUAAUCAGGAUCCACUGGAUGUAAGGGAGACCAUUUCGAAUUAUGUUUCAUGUUGCAGUAGCCUUGAUAGUAUUUCAAAUGAUUUGCCUGAAAAUUCAAGUAUUUUUCAAAAUUCUCUCAAUGGCUAUGAGGGGGAUAAUGACGAUAGUGAAAUUGAUGUUUUGAUGACGGAAAAUGGUAAAUGA